UACAAGUCCUCCCAUCUCCUACUCAGCAAAGCCAGAGAGUAACACACUGUCUGGUGGGUUCCAUCAGAGGAGAGUACAUGGAGCACACCUGUACAGAUCACAUUGACCUGGACUCCUUCCAUGUAUCUGAAGAGUAUGGAUUUCUUCUGGAAAAACCAGCGACUGACCUGCCAGAAUACUACGAUGUUUGGAUUGACUUGGCCAGCAACCUCACACACCUCAUCCACACACAUCAGCUGAGAGACCUGGUCCAUAAAAUGGCCAAUCUGAGUCCUCACCACUUGAGAGGCCAUCGACAGCUCAGGCUGGCUCACCUGGCACUGGGCUUCAUCGUCAUGGGUUACGUCUGGCAGGAGGGGGAACACCUGCCAGCGCAGGUGCUGCCCAAAGCUCUGGCCCUUCCCUUCUGGCUGGUGUCACAGAGACUCGGCCUCCCUCCCAUUCUUACGUACGCUGAUUCAGUUCUUGCCAACUGGAAACUCAGAGACUCUACAGGAGGCAUGGACAUAGGGAACUUGGACUUGGUGUUUUCCUUUCCUGGGGGUGAGAGCUGCAGAGGGUUCUUCCUGGUUUCAUUGUUGGUGGAGAAGGCUGGAAGCUCAGGGAUACAGGGAGCACUGGAGGUGAUGAAAGCUAGGGCCACCUGCGACCUCAUCAUGCUACAGAAGGGCCUUCACAAAGUGGCCCAGUCUCUGAGGGAGAUGAUGAAAAUGCUCAAACUUAUGCAUAGGCAUGUUGAUCCCGUCUCAUUCCAUGGAACUUUGAGAAUUUUUUUCUCUGGGUGGAGAGAUAAUCCCAUGUUACCGGACGGUCUUCACUACGAGGGGAUCUGUGAUGAACCCAUCCAGCUGUCUGGAGGAAGUGCUGCCCAGAGUUCCUCCAUCCAGUGCUUUGAUGCACUACUGGGCGUUCGUCAUGAAGACCAAGCAAAUGCUUUCCUCAAGCGCAUGAGAGACUACAUGCCUCUGGCCCAUCGCCGGCUCAUAGAGACACUGUCCAAGCACCCUUCCCUGCGCGACUCCAUCCUCUCCGGCUCCAGCCCCUCCCUCUGCCAUGCCUAUGACGCCUGUGUGCUGGCGCUGGUGGAGCUGAGGAGCUACCACAUCUGUAUGGUGGCCCGCUUCAUCACAGUCCCCGGGAGCCAGGCCCGGGCAUCCCACUGUCCUCUCAGAGGGAUAUGCAAGGCGUUGGAUAAUACUGGCACCGGCGGAUCCAAACCCAUAGGUUUCCUGAAGAGUGUCCGCGAUGCCACUCGCAGGAUGCUCAUCUCGGACCAUAUGUAACCAGAUAUCCGAAAUGGCUAUAUUCUUCUAAAUCAAUUUUCAUUUCAAUUCUCACACUACACUGUACAUGUGUAUGCUUGGUCCAUGAAUCUGAGGACAUUGGGCCAUCAUUUCCUUCCUUGCUCAUGUGAGACUCUGUCCUAGAGUUGAUUUUUUGGAAAUACUAACUUUAAUCACAGGAAUCUGUGUGUGUGUCUGUGUGGCUUGAUUAUCUUGAGAACCGGGCAUUGAAUGAAGUUGGUCAUCGUCCGGUGUAGUGCUUAGGACCCAAGGACGUGCAGUGCCGCAUGAAUGAAAUGUAGUCUGACAUGGGAAAUGAACAAGAGAAAGUACCUUCUGUCAGUUUAAACUAAAAUAACUAGCAACCAGUCACAUACUGAAAUAUGUACCUCUUGUACCUUUUGUACCUCACUGCUCUUGUGAAAUAAUUUGCUAACCAUGCUUGGAUCAAUUUAAUCAAUGGGAUCCUAUCAACCGUUAAAACCAAGGAAAUGGUUUAAAGUCACAAGUCAAGGCUUGAUAGAUUGCCACACUAUCGUUUUUAAGACUGAAAAGAAAACUCUAAUGAGCUCAAUGUAGCUUGCUUACUGACACUGGAUAGAAAACCAUUGCAGCCUGGCGAAAUUGUUGCCUAAAGUGCCUAGCUAGAUGAACUAGUUAGUAAUCUACAUCUAGUCAGCUACAUCGUUGAUGCAAUUUGAUUGUAUACACCAUGACAACACCUGUAUAUUGCUCGGAUUGUUUAUAAAACUAAACUAAAACAAACCAAUUUUGAAACAACAAAAUCCCUCAAAUCCAUGAUUGAUGAGGGAGAAACAAGAUUUCAGCAGAGAGAGGGCCCAUUACAAUCCAUUUGUUUUUGGUAAUUCAUUUUAGAUAAGUAAUGUAGAUAUUAUGGGACAAGCCUAACAUGGAAAAACUCAACAAAACAAAAGUAUGAUGAGUUACGGUUUGUGAAAAGCCUCAAAAGGAAGAACAUUCAAAUCUCCACCUAACAGCCCUAACUCUACCAAAAACACGUUUAUUUCAGUAUACAGCUGGUACACUUGUUCCAACACUGAAGCUAUGUUGGCCUGUAUCGGAUGCAUGUCAGAGAGCUGAACCAGAUGUACUCCUAACAUUAACUGUGCUCUUUUUCCCCCCCAUAUAUUUUACCCAGUGAAGGUCAGACAUGAAACAACUCAGGUGUCCCAAUACAUAUUGCCUUGAGCACUACUUCUGACUGCAGUAUAUGUCCUCAGAGACCUGAACUGUUGGCCCUACCCCUCUGACUUCACCCGCUUUACCAUGGUAACUGCUGUUUAUAGCUCAGAGCAUAGACCCCUUUGAACCAGCAUUGAGAAAUGAUACAACAGUGACAUUAAGAAAGUCAUAGACAGAAGGAAGGAUAAAGGGAAGGGAGAAGUGAGAUAUGGAGUGAUGGAAUGAUGUCAGAGGGAAGCAAAAAGGGAGGAAAAUGUAUGUGUCGGAAUGACUAAAAAGGCAACUACAGACAGAUGGAAAGAGAGGUGUAGGAGGGGAGAUUGCUCCUCUGGUUUGAGGGGGAGCAAGCUGAGAGCCUUUGGGUAGCAGGUGUUGAGCUGGAGAUGACCCAAUCAUAAGUCACCCGAGUGGUGCCCCUGCCAGCCAUCGAACCAGUCACAAGUAAGGGAGAAAACAAACAGUUUUGUAGGCAGCAGUUUGCACUGUAGGAGAGUGCAGCUGAGACCUGGUCACAGACAGAUUAUCUGCUGAUAAGGCAGAGAGCAGCAUGUACUACUGAGUAAAUAUGGUAUGAUUAGCUGUUGUUGUAAAAUUAUGUAUUAUACCUGAUUUGAAUGAAGACUAUCAAACUUAUACAAAGUCCUCUGUAUGCAGGACAUUAGGGUAAUGUAUGUGAAAGAAAUACAGACACAAAUUUUCAAUUGAGAAUGCUUUACUUGUGAAGUAAAAAUGGUACAA